UUUAUAUGAAACAUCAGAAAGUUACCACCGACUUCAGGGCCAAAGAAAGUGGCCUGGGAAUGGCUCAAAGGUAGAGCAGGACAGAAUUAUUUCUCUGUUUUCUCUCAGUGAAAGGAAUUCUGAAGUCUGGGUCCCAGCGAUCUAUCGUCAACAAGGGAGGGCGUUUGCUGCUACUUGCUCUUUUAACACCACCACCUUGGUCUGCUCUAAAACCUGUGAAGAUGGACUUGGUGCCUGUGUAUUGUCUUUGUAGACAGCCUUACAAUGUGAACCACUUCAUGAUUGAGUGUGACCUGUGCCAGGACUGGUUUCAUGGUAGUUGUGUUGGGAUUGAAGAAGAAAAAGCUGUUGACAUCGACAUCUACCACUGCCCAGACUGUGAGGUCAUAUAUGGACCCUCCAUUAUGAAAAAAUGGCCUGCAUCGUCUAAAGAGCACGAAGCUCUCAAGAGGGAGCCAGUGAAGACUGGGAGCCCUAUCUUUAUUCACCAGCUCCAGGGUAAGACUUUUGACAGCUCUGACGAAGUGAUCUUGAAGCCCACAGGAAGUCAGUUGACAGUGGAAUUUUUGGAAGAAAGUAGCUUCAGUAUACCUAUCCUUGUCUUGAAGAAGAAUGGGCUGGGGAUGACCCUUCCCCCAACAUCGUUCACUGUCAGAGAUGUGGAACAAUAUGUUGGUUCUGACAGAGAGAUUGACGUGAUUGAUGUGGCCUGUCAGGCUAGCAGCAAGAUGAUGCUGGGUGAUUUUGUGAAAUAUUAUUACAGCAGGAGGAGGGAAAAAGUAUUUAAUGUUAUUAAUCUGGAAUUCUCUAAUACUAGGCUUUCUAAUACAGUAGAGAUGCCCAAGAUAGUUCGUAAGCUUUCCUGGGUUGAAAACUUAUGGCCAGAAGAGUGUGGCUUUGAGAGACCCACUGUACAGAAGUAUUGCCUUAUGAGUGUGCAGAAUAGCUAUACUGAUUUUCACAUUGAAUUUGGUGGCACUUCGAUCUGGUACCAUGUACUUAAGGGUGAGAAGAUCUUCUACCUGAUCCACCCAACAGAUGCUAACCUGACUCUUUUUAAAUGUUGGAGCAACUCUUCUAACCAAAAAGAAAUGUUCUUUGGUGACCAGGUAGACAAAUGUUACAAGUGUUCUGUGAAGCAAGGACAGACACUUUUCAUUCCCACAGGAUGGAUCUAUGCUGUGCUGACCCCUGUCGACUGCCUGGCAUUUGGAGGAAACUUCUUGCACAGUCUCAACAUUGAAAUGCAGCUCAAAGCCUACGAGGCUGAGAAACAUCUGAGUACAACACACCUCUUCAAGUUUCCAAGCUUUGAGACCAUCUGUUGGCAUGUGGGAAAGCACAUGCUGGACAUCUUUGAAGGUUUGCGGGAGAAUGGGAGAUACCCUGCACCCUACUUGGUUCGUGGUGGUAAAGCUCUAAAUUUGGCCUUUCAAGCUUGGACAAGGAAAGAAGUUCUGCCAGACCAUGAGGAUGAGAUCCCAAAGACAGUGCAGACCGUACAGCUCAUUGAAGAUCUGGCUAGGGAAAUCUGUCUGGUUGAAGAUACCUCCCAACAGAGCAUCCCAAAGACGAGUACCAUCUUUGGGCUUCAGCAACACCAUACCAAUCCCUCUUCCUUAAAUAGGCAAGCUCAUUCCACUUCAGCAUCCACGUCUACAUUAUCACUGCCCUCCAAAAGUGGUUCAGAAAAGAAAAGCCCAAAGUAUAAAGACAUCUUCAAGAAGGAAGAACAAACAAGCAAGGAGAGACCAACUUUGGGGCCUAAUGACCAACAUAGCUGUAAUUUCAUGGAUCUAAAUAAUCAUCAAGAACUGAAGGUAGGCUUUUCCCAAAAUGUAGAGUGUAACAUCGCUAGUACGUGUUUGAAUGACUCAGAUGAUGACUCAAAAUUUGACAAAGUCUGUGAUGGGAAUGAGAGCCUGGUCCCUUUGUUGAUGGCUAAUGGCAGUACCAAGAGGGUGAAGAGCUUGUCCAAUUCUUGGCGAGCCAAAAUCACAAAGAAGGAAGAUAAAUCAAAGUUGGUAGAAGAAAAAAAGAUGGGAGACAAGUUUGACUUGGAUACAAAUGAUGAGCUGCAGACUGAAAAAAGAUUGGGCAAAGUAAAAGAUAGUCUAGUAGUAAGGUCAAAAAUUCCCCCAAAUUUGCCCCAUGUGAAGUUUUGCUCUCACCAAAACCAAAGUUGUGAACCAGGGGAAACUGAAAUUGACAUUGUGGAGAACUAUAAAAUAGAUGAGGGAAUGAUGGAAGGGGUUGAAGGCAAACUUAAGAAUGGAGGUGAAUCUGAUGGAAUUCUUGAUCUACUUAAGGCCAGGAAACAGGUGGGAGGACCUGACUAUGUUGUCCUCACUGAUGCCCCAGACUAUUCCAGCAAUAAGGAGAAUACCCAGGACACUGUGUUCAUGGCUGAAUUGCAGUCCUCAUCUCCUUCACCAGCUCCUUCCACCCUUCAUACAUUUUGGAGUGGGGGACAAGACCAAGGCUACGAGAGCUCCAGCAGUGGCUUGGGCACAGUGUUUAACAGUCCUGUUUCUCAGCAGACACGGAGGAAAUGGCCCAUCAAGCGGCUAACAUAUUGGAGAACUGAAAGUGAGGAGGAAAAUGCCUGUGUGGAUGAGCAGGACGGCUUAGGAGCAUGCUUCAAGCAAGUUAAGUAUAUCUACUUAUCCCUGGAAUCUGAUGAUGAUGAUGACGAUGACGAUGACGACGACGACUCUGUUUUGAGAUCUCUACCAAAGAAAAGGAAGGUAUCAGAUAACGUUCCAUGGAUUCCUAGGACAGGUGAGAUCCAAACACUCCUGAAGCAGGACCAUCCUGUACUUGAGGGUACCAGAGUUACCUCCAUUGAGAUAGGCUUGGCUACCGCAGCUACAAAGCUAUCACAGCAAGUGAACAACAUGAAGCUCACUCUGAUUAGUCCAGGAAAAAACAGCCAGUAAACAGAGACAGUCAGACUUAAACCCAUGUCCUCAAACUUCCGCUUUUCUGUUGCUUGAUCCUUAAGGGAAUAUAUAUUUUAGUAAAAAUAUCCUAUUUAAAUGGAAUUUAAUAGGGUUAUGUUUUUAAUAGGAAGUUCUAUAGAGUUGUGGAAUUUCUUAGAAAUGUCUUGUAGGUUGUUACUGGGAUCCAGAAGAGAUCGAGCAGGUCAGGAAGCUCUUUUAUGCCUCUGUUGUUUAUAUCUCAGUGCUGCAUGUAACUUGGAAAUAAAAGAACUUUAUUGGGGCUGGAGAAAUGGCUCAGUGGUUAAGAGCAUUGACUGCUCUUCCAGAGGUCCUGAGUUCAAUUCCCAGCACCCACAUGGUGGCUCACAGCCAUCUGUAAUGGGAUCUGAUGCCCUCUUCUGGUGUGUCUGAAGACAGCAACAGUGUGCUCAUAUUCAUUAGAUAAAUAAAUAUUUUUUAAAAAAAGAAUUUUAUUGCUUUAAAUAAACUCAAGAUGAAGAAAACAAAAGGACCACAACAAUAAAAUAUAAACAAAAGA